AUGAGAAUAAUAAUGAACCAUUUAGUAGGAGUUAUUUAUUUUAGUGCAUUGAUUUUGUUAGUGUAUUGCAGAAAUGGGAGUGAGUACUUAAUUGGAGUUGGGAGUUAUGACAUGACUGGUCCUGCUGCUGAUGUGAACAUGAUGGGUUAUGCAAAUUUGGAACAAAAAACUUCUGGAAUUCAUUUCAGGCUAAGAGCAAGAACUUUCAUUGUGGCUGAUGCCUCUAAUAAUAAUAACAGGUUUGUGUUUGUCAAUCUUGAUGCUGGAAUGGCUUCUCAGCUUCUUACUAUUAAGGUUCUUCAGGCCCUCCAUUCAAGGUAUGGAAAUUUGUACAAUGAAGAAAAUGUAGCAAUAAGUGGAACACAUACACAUGCUGGACCUGGUGGCUAUCUACAGUAUGUGAUUUACUCUGUCACUUCUCUGGGUUUUGUCAAACAAUCCUUUGAUGCCAUCGCUAAUGCAAUUCUACAAACCAUUAUUCAAGCUCACAACAAUCUCAAACCUGCUUCCAUUUUUAUCAACACAGGAGAGGUAAAAGGAGGUGGUAUAAACAGAAGUCCAAGUGCAUAUCUGGAAAACCCUGCAGAAGAGAGAGCAAGAUACGAUUCCAAUGUAGACAGAGAAAUGACCCUUUUGAAGUUUGUGGAUGAAGCAAGUGGCAAAAGUGUUGGAACAUUUAAUUGGUAUGCAACUCAUGGAACCUCAAUGAGCAGAGACAACAAGCUUAUUAGUGGAGAUAACAAGGGUGUUGCUGCUAGACUCUUCGAAGAUUUCUUUUCUUCACCCUCUACCAUCACUUCCACUCUUCCACCAGACAUUGAACAGCUAGUGAAGAAAGCAAGAGGAAUAAAAGCGAGCGGAGGGCAUGAAUGCAGCAAAGAAAGAAGCGAAGAAGCGAAGGUGAGGAAGAACGAUGGCUCGUUGUUCGUGGCGGCGUUUUGCCAAUCAAAUGUUGGAGACGUCACUCCAAAUGUUGUUGGAGCGUUUUGCAUUGACACUGGAAAACCUUGUGACUUCAACCACUCUUCUUGCAAUGGCAACGACCAGCUAUGUGUGGGCCGAGGACCCGGAUACCCAGAUGAAAUAUUAAGCACAAAGAUGAUAGGUGAGAGACAAUUCAUAACUGCUUGGAAGUUGUUUGAGUCUGCUUCAGAAGAAUUAAGAGGAAAGAUUGAUUAUCGCCAUGUUUAUGUCAACUUCACAAACAUUCAAGUUAAAUUGGAAAACAACAAGGUAGUUAAAACUUGCCCUGCAGCCCUUGGUCCUGGUUUUGCUGCAGGCACUACUGAUGGACCUGGUGCUUUUGGCUUUCAACAAGGUGAUACAAAGAUUAAUCCUUUCUGGAAGCAUUUGAGGGAUUUGUUGAAAAAACCAAGUAAGCAUCAAGUGAGAUGCCAAAGCCCAAAGCCUGUUUUGUUAAGCACCGGAGAAAUGUUUGAUCCGUAUCCUUGGGCGCCAGCAAUUCUUCCAAUCCAGAUAUUGAGGUUGGGGAAAUUGAUUAUUCUUUCAGUACCAGGAGAGUUCACAACAAUGUCUGGAAGAAGGCUAAGGGAGGCAGUGAAGGAGACAUUAAUAUCUAAUGGAAAUGGAGAAUUCGACCAGGACACACACGUUGUUAUUGCAGGACUAACCAAUACUUACUCGCAAUACAUUGCAACUUUUGAAGAAUACCAUCAACAACGAUACGAGGCUGCUUCAACUCUCUAUGGUCCUCACACAUUAUCUGCAUAUAUCCAAGAAUUCAAUAAGCUAGCGCGAGCAAUGGCUAAAGGGGAGAAAAUCGCCGCAAAAGGCCCUUCGCCACCGGAUCUUUCAUCGCAACAACUAAGCCUCUUACUUGGUCCUUUUGAGGAGUCACCUCCAAAAGGCAUCAAGUUCGGUGACACAAAACAAGACAUAGCCCUUCCAAAAAGAGGCUACUUCUCCAAGGGAGAUAGGCCGAGCGCCACGUUCUGGAGCGCCAACCCAAGACAUGACCUUCUAACAGAAGGUACAUUUUCCACGGUGGAGAUGCUUCAAGGGAAAAAGUGGCUUACCAUUCAUGAUGAUGAUGAUCUAAGCUUGUUUUUCAAGUGGAAAUUAGACAAUAGUUCCUUGCAUGGCUUAGCCACCAUAGAAUGGGAAAUACCAAAUCAUGCUAUUUCUGGAGUAUACAGACUAAGGCACUUCGGAGCAUCAAAGACCUCCGGCACCUCCCGAAUCAGUUACUUUACCGGCACAUCACAUGCAUUUGCAGUGAAGUAG